AUGUCAAUCCGAAAGUCAGGGAGAGAGAAACACCCUCCAAAUAGAUAUUCCCCAGAAAAUGCAAAUGACAAGAAUGAUGAACCCAAAGAAGGAGAUAGUCAAUCUCUAAAACCACCUUCUAAGUCAAAAACCAAAUCUUCAACUUCCAGCAAGCGCCGGUUAGUUCAACUGCAACUAGAAGAAAUAGAAGAAAUAAACAGGCUUGAGAAAAUACACGAAGAAAGGGAGUUGCAACGGCUGAAAGAAUUUGAAGAAAAGGAGAUGGAGCGACAGAGACAAGAGAUGGAACAACAAAGGCAAAGAGAGGAGAGGGAAAUGGAACGACAACGUCAAGCUGAAGCAAGAGAACUAGAACGACAGAAGCGUCUGCUGAGAGUAAGGACCGAACUUGAGUCUGCUUCAGUCUUGGGAAGUAGUCAGUCCGCCUCAGUCUUGGGCAGUCGUCAUUUGGAAUUGGAAGAUAAUGAAGACCCUGACAAGGUAAGCUUCAAUAUUGCUACUGUUGAGGAGGACUCUAAUGUCAAAGUCAAUAGGUGGCUGAAUGAGGAACCGUCAGUUCCUUUGACAUCGUCAGCCAUCGUGUCCACGGCUAUUGAUAAACUAGCAGACUCCUUUUCAAAAGCUAUAAAUUCAUCCAACCCCAACCAACCUGUCUCAUGCCGACAGCGUCUUCCAUCCUUCAGCGGGAAACCAGACGAGUGGCCCAUGUUCUAUUCCUGUUACAAUAAGACUAAACACCUUUUUAAUGACGAUGAAAACCUUGACAGAAUAAGAAAUUGUCUGGAGGGAGAUGCCUUUAAAAUGGUAAAACCUCUAUUUAUAUCAGGUAAAAAUUUGAGUACAGUAAUGAAAACUUUACAAAUGCGUUUUGGACGUCCAGAGUUUAUAGUCGAGUCAAUGUUGAAGAAGGCGCGCAUGCUCCAACCAGUCAAGGAGGAUGACGCUGUCAGCCUUAUUGAGUUUUCAACAACUCUUUUAAACCUGACCUCUACCGCAGAGUCGUUGGAUUUGGAAAUAAAAGUUAUCGAAGGUCCGCCAAAUGCUCCCGUCCUGUCAUGGAGCUACCUAGGGUGGUCAAUGCAUGGCAAGUGUCCAGAAUUUGCUGGACGUGUUGACGAUUUCACCUUAUUGUCCUUUGAUCACGACAGAUUACAUGAUUUGGUGAAAAGUUCCUUUGAAAUUGACAACUACAAUGACAAAAAAUGUGCAUCUCCAGUAGAAAACAAAUCAAUAAAAUCGGUAGAAGACGAACGUGCAAUGUCAAUCUUGGAAAAAACAACGAGGAAAAUCGGAGAACGUUAUGAAUCUGGCUUGUUGUGGAAAUCAGAUGAUUUUAAAUAUCCCUCGAGUUACGAUAAAGCUCUUAAAAGACUAAAACACAUUGAAGGGAAGAUGGCAAAGGAUCCUUCCUUUAAAGACGAAUACACAAGGAAGAUUGCCGACUACAAGGAAAAAGGGUAUAUUCGAAAACUAAGUGAAGAUGAGGCAAGUAUUUUAAAUGAUCAUACUUAUUAUCUACCUCAUUUCGGAGUUGUGAACCCCAAUAAGCCCAACAAAUUAAGAUUGGUCUUUGAUGCAGCUGCAAAGUCGAACGGUGUAUCAUUUAAUGACGCUCUUCUUAGUGGACCUGACCUUUUGAAUCCAUUACCAGCUGUUCUCGUAAAAUUUCGUCUGGGAAAAUUUGCUGUCGCUGGUGAUAUUAAGGAAAUGUUCCAUCAGGUACGCAUAAGGAAAGAAGAUGUAGAUUCACAGAGAUUUUUGUGGAGGCAAAACACGAAUGAUCCUCCAGAUACGUAUGUAAUGGAGGUGAUGACAUUUGGGUCGACCUGUUCUCCAAGCACUGCUUUAUAUGUAGUGAACGAAAAUGCCAAACGUUUCUCAUCCAUCUACCCUGAAGCUUCUAAAUCAAUUCUCACUAAGGAAUACAUGGAUGAUUUAUUAGACUCUGUCAAUUCUGAGGAAGAAGCAAAGACUCGAGUGAAAGAAAUAAUGGAAAUUCACAAAUCAGGUGGAUUUCAAAUGUGCAAUUGGUUAUCAAACUCCAAAGAUGUUUUAUCUGGAAUUCCUGAAGAACUGAAAUCAAAUUCAACUAAGCAAUUAAAGCAUGAUAGCAAUCUUCCCACUGAACGAGUUCUCGGAAUGUGGUGGGAUUCAGAAAGCGACAAUUUCGUAUUUCAUCGCAAUGCAGAAAAAUUGCAAAAAAUGGAAUCAAGUUAUCCAACUAAACGUGAGGUUUUGAAGGCUGCGAUGUCUAUCUUUGAUCCUUUGGGACUAGUCACCCCUACUACAAUCAAAGGUCGAAUAUUAGUGCAAGAGAUUUGGAGAACAAAAACAACAUGGGAUGAAGUACUAACAACAGUACUUACUAAGAAAUGGCAAGAAUGGUUGGAAGAAGUUAAACAACUACAAUAUUUUACCAUUCCGAGAUGCUAUUUCAAAACCCUUAUGAUAAAUGAGGUUGAGCUUCAUGUCUUUGUCGAUGCAAGUGAAGAAGCGUACUCCGCUGUUGGAUAUCUAAGACAUAAGAAUACUAACGAGAAUACUGGAUACAACACUAUGUUGGUUAUGUCGAGAGCAAAGGUGGCUCCUCUAAAACCAACUACCAUACCAAGACUGGAACUACAAGCUGCUGUCCUUGGAUGUAGGCUUGUUAAAACAAUUAUACACGACCUAGACAUCAACUUCGUCCGAAAAAUAUUUUGGUCAGAUUCUGUUACGGUGUUACAUUGGAUAAAAUCUGAUCCGAGAAGCUUUAAACAAUUUGUUUCUAACCGACUUGUGGAAAUACUUGAAGUUUCACAAGCUGAUGAAUGGAAGUGGGUACCAUCAAAAAAUAACCCUGCUGAUGUCGCUACGAGAAGCAACCAGAAAUUCACUACAAGUAAUCAUGAAUUUUGGACUUAUGGCCCCGAGUUUCUAAAAUACGACUCAAGUCAUUGGCCUCAGCAACCGACAACCUUGCAAACAAAAAACAGCGAAGAGGUGAAACAAAAGUUCGUUGGGUUACUCAACGAAGACAAAGAAGACGUUAUCAAUAUUGAGAGAUUUUCUUCCUGGAAUAAGGUAACACGAGUAACUGCGUGGGUUCUGAGAUACAUUGGUAUAUUGCAAUCCAGGAUCAAAAGAAAUGACAAAGACAGACUGAAGAAGAACUCUAACCCCAGAUUGAUACUGGAACUUCAACCAGAAGAAAUUCUUAAGGCUGAACACAUCUUAGUGUUGAAUUCCCAAGACAAAACUUUUAAAGAAGAAAAGACCUUAUUAAGAAAUAGCAAGUCACUACCGAAGUCAAGUAAAAUAUUCACAUUGGAUCCUUUCGUUGACGAGAAAGACCUCAUCAGGAUGUCUACAAGAAUACGAAAUUCUCCUGAAAUCAGUACUGAACGAAGAUAUCCAAUUAUUUUAGAUGGAAAAUGUCAAGUAGCAAGACUUAUUGUGAAGAACUUCCAUGAAAAAUGCUUCCACCAAGGAAUAGAAACCGUAAUGAACAUGACAAGAGAACGGUUUUGGAUACUUAAUCUUCGCACAACAGUGAAGAAAGUGCAAAGAAGCUGUAUGCGUUGUAGGAUUGACAACGCCAAACCAAGUCCACCUCAAAUGGCACCCCUGCCAAUUUCACGAGUACUCAAGGCACAGUAUCCUUUCUUUUACACUGGUGUUGACUAUUUUGGCCCAAUUGAAGUAACUGUUGGCCGAAGACAUGAAAAGCGAUACGGUGUAAUAUUUACAUGCCUUUCUACACGAGCAAUUCAUCUCGAAGUGGCUCAUUCGUUAAGUACGGAGAGUUGCGUUAUGGCAAUUCAAAGGUUCAUAAGUCGGAAACCUUGCCCUUCUGAGAUGUUUUCUGACAAUGGUACGAAUUUUGUAGGAACAGACAAUGAACUUCGAAAUGCUGUUAAGUCUUUAAACAACGCCCAGAUUCAACGGACAGUCGUAAAGAGUGGGAUUAAAUGGAAUUUCAUUCCUCCCCGUGCGCCACACAUGGGGGGAUGUUGGGAGAGACUGAUAAGGUCAGUAAAAACAGCAUUGAAAAGUGUCAUGCGAUCCCAGUACCCGAAAGAUGAAGAACUGCAGACGUUUUUGACUCGCGUGGAGUUUAUUAUUAACUCACGUCCACUCACACACUUAUCAAUUGACCCGUUGGACCCUGAGCCGAUCACACCAAACCACUUUCUACGCGAAGCCUACAAAAUAAAUAUUGAUGAAGAUAAACUAUGUAAGAAACAACUAGCCCGCGUAAGAACACUUUUGGAUAGUUUUUGGAAGCGAUGGGUCCAAGAAUACCUGCCCUGUUUGUCAAGACGUUGUAAGUGGCACAAACGAAUGGAACCGCCUCAAAUAGGGGACUUGGCUAUAAUAGUGGAAGAAGACAAUCAAAGGAAUUCAUGGCCUCUUGGAAGAAUAUCAGCCAUUUACCCCGGUAAAGAUGGCGUUAUACGAGUUGUGGACAUCAAAACAACCAAAGGUACAUUCCGGCGCCCUCUUACCAAGGUCGCAGUUCUUGGGGGGUAG